AUGUCAAGCGACUCCCCAACGUCGGCGAAGAUUUUGAAUUUAGAACGCGCCUCGAAUUUCAUGAGACAAUUCCGCGAUCCUGAUUCGAGGGAACUGAAGAAGCUCUCCGCCAACCAGUUCAUGGAAGUCUGGAGCCAUUAUGACAGGGACGGUAACGGCUACAUAGAAGGCACGGAGCUGGAUGGUUUUUUAAAGGAAUUCGUCUCCAGCGCCAAUUUCACUGACAUCAGUCCAGAUGUAAGUAUUCAUCAUUAA